AAAAUGGUGGCGUCCUUCUCCCUCUAAGUUUCUCUCUUUGCUGAAGAUUUCUCGCUCCAAUUCGCGCAGCCUAGUUACGUUUAGACGACGCUCGUUAACCCCGUGCCGCUAUUGAACAGAGAGGGUCGAAGAAUCCGAAUCGAAGAUGGACGAACGGUCGCCGCUCGACAACCGCUCGCUGAGUCACACCAGUCGGGAGCCGGAAGGGCAAGCGUGGGCUCAAAUAGGCACCAAGGCUUCCUCGACCAUCAGCAAACCUACCCCUGUCCCCCUUUCCACUGCCAAGCUCGCAGUAUCCUCAGCUAACGAGGGUCAUCCUCCCGUCGAGAAGAAGUCUAGUCCUCCCUCACCAACAGCAGCGCGAGCCGAGGAAGACGCGCUCUCUGACGACGGCCGACCGCUGCAGGUCGUAGAGGACGCCGAAUCCGAGCCUCCCCAGCCGGCCAACAACGACACCGCCUUGGCAGAGGAGAAGAAAAACGGGGGAGAGGAGGAGGCGGCGGGCUCCGUCUCCGGUGCGGAAGCGGCCGACAAUUCGGGUGACGGCGGUAGCGGAGGAGCUGGAGGAGAGAACGGGAGUCGCCUGAGUGACCGCACAAACAGCUCCGACCCAAAGAUGGUUCGUUCCAGGAUCUUUGUCGGGCACCUCAACACGGACAAAUGCUCACGCAACGAGCUGGAAGAGCUUUUCACCCCGUUCGGAAAGGUGGCGAGCGUCUCGCUGCAGCAUGGCUACGGUUUUGUUCAGUACUGCGACGAGCAGGCGGCCAAGAGGGCCAUCACGGAGCUCCACGGGCUACAGUUCAAGGGCAUGAAGCUCGUGGUCGACAAAACUGCCGCGCUAAAAAGAAUGCAGGGUGAGAAUCCCAACGCCCCUAAGCCGUGGACGACUCGCAACGACAGACACCCCGCAGAUAUCGACCUCCGUCGACGGGAAGCCGCCAUUUACGAGCGCGAAUACGCCAUGUACGAGCGUUCUGCUCGCCUCGAUGAGUUUGAGCGUAUGUACUACGACCGCUACCCCACGCCCGCCCCCUACGGGAGGGACCCCUAUUAUGAUAGGUACUACGACCGACCGACGCGGGACCCCUACAUGGAGCGCUACCGUCACUACUCUGACAUGGAGAGGGGGAGGUACUAUGAACGCCCCGCCGCCAUGGGCGUGUCCCCGCCCCACUCCUACGAACGGGCGGCAUACUACGAGGGGAGGUCCUCGUACGAGCGGCCACGCGACGAUCAGUGCGACCGUUGGGACGACGGUUUCCGUGACCACCAGCUGCGAGAUAGGGAGCCGUUUGAGCGCUUCGAUAGCUCUCGUAGACUCUGAUUUGGUUUUUCUAUUUCAGACUCUGCUCAACACACACUGCUUUUUCACCUACUACCUCUGAAACACUCAGUUUACAAUGUGUGUGUGUGUGUGUUGGAACUGGCUCUACGUCUUUAGUUUAGGUUUUGACUAUUGGCUGCUGCUACUGUAGUGAACCAAAGGCUGUGUAUGCAUUUGCUGAAACUCUUACUCUUGUCCUCUCUGUAUUAUAGUAGUAGUACUUAAAAUGACUGGAAUUGACUGGUGCUGACUUCUAUACACAUCAUUGCUGUUGGCUUAAAAUUGGCUGAUGUUCUAACGCUGCCGUAUCGUGUUUUUGCUA